GAAAUAGAUACAGAAACAGACCCAUGAAAAAUUCACAAUCAUCCUGCUCUUAACAAACGAAAGCAAACAUUGAAUUCUGUUCUUCAGCCCUUCAAAACCCUCUGUCCACCUCUAUUAUUACAAAGGAAUCUGGAAUCAAAAUCCGUAUGGGAAUUUCUUCGUCUUGCCCGUUUUCAGCCAACAAUGACUUAGAAAGUGGCAUUGAAUCAAUCAUCGUGAGAUCAAUCAGUUUCGGAGACGAUGAAGUGAAAACACCAACUAGAUCAAUUAGUUUCAAGGGAAAAGAUUCAAUGCCCACUAUAAUGCAAUUUGAUGGGACUGGUAAGAUGAUGGUUGAAGGAUCAAUUGACAUGAAAACAACUUCGACCGAAACAAUAGUCACAAUUGAAUCAUCUCAUCCUUUACCCAUUAUUGAAUCUCCAAAACAAUUAGUGCCUGUUCUUGACAUGAACAAUCCCAGGCAUGAAGCUGCUAUCAAGUUACAGAAAGUUUAUAAAAGCUUUCGAACAAGACGAAAGUUAGCUGACUGCGCCGUCUUGAUUGAACAAAGCUGGUGGAAAUUGCUCGACUUUGCUGAACUCAAAAGGAGUUCCAUUUCUUAUUUUGACAUCGAGAAACGCGAGUCUGCAAUUUCUCGCUGGUCCAGAGCAAGAACCAAAGCUGCCAAGGUUGGGAAAGGUUUAUCCAAAAAUGGUAAAGCACAAAAACUUGCUUUACAACAUUGGCUUGAAGCGAUUGAUCCGCGACACAGAUACGGGCACAAUCUUCAUUUCUAUUACGAUAAAUGGCUAAAUUCUCAGAGCAAAGAACCAUUUUUCUACUGGCUUGAUAUUGGGGAAGGGAAGGAAAUGAAUCUUGUUGAUAAAUGUUCAAGAUCUAAGCUUUUACAGCAAUGCAUCAAGUAUCUCGGCCCGAUGGAAAGAAUGGCUUAUGAAGUUGUGAUUAACGAUGGAAAGUUGAUGUUCAAGCAAACAGGGGAGCUUCUUGACACUAGUGAGCCCAAAGGGGCUAAAUGGAUAUUCGUCCUUAGUACAUCAAUGUCUCUUUAUGUUGCUCAAAAGAAGAAAGGAAAAUUCCAACAUUCUAGUUUCUUGGCCGGUGGAGCUGCUUCUUCAGCGGGUAGGAUUGUCGUUGAGAAUGGCAUCUUAAAGUCAGUUUGGCCUCACAGUGGUCAUUAUAGACCAACGCCAGAGAAUUUUCAAGAUUUCAUCUCCUUUCUAAAGAAAAACAACUUAGAUCUCGAGGAUGUUAAGCUCGAUCCGGCAGAUGAAGACGAAGAAUCUCUUGCGAAAACAAACAGUAUUCAAAUAAGAAGCAUCCCAUCCAUGGAAGUAGACACAAUCGAUAAAAAUGGGUUGGAGAAAGCUAUUUCAUCCUCUGAAAAACCGUUAGUUAACCAUGGAAGAAGAUUGUCUGCCCUUUCGAUACCAGAUAAAGAAGAUUUUUUGGAGACAUUAAGGAAGGAGAAUGAAACAUUAACUGUUCAAGAAACAAAACAAUUAACAUACUCGGAUGAUGAUGAUGAAGACGAGACACCAGAAGUGAACCGAAUUCUUGAAGGAAUCAACUCGAAGGAGAAGAAGAAGAAUUCGUUUCAAUUAGGAAGGCAAAUGUCGGGUAAAUGGAGCACGGGUGCUGGACCACGAAUCGGGUGUUUGAGAGAUUACCCACCCGUAUUACAGACACAUGCUUUGGAACAAGUAAAUUUGUCGCCAAGAAGCAUAAUUAACCGUCAAGAAGAAGAAGUUGUUCAUAUCAAGAAAAGUGGUUUUAGUGGAUUUUCAACUCCACAACCUUCUCCUUUAGGUAAUAAUAGGAGAAAAUUACCACGGUUAAUUUGAUAGGGUAAAAUAUUAUUCGUUUCUUUGAAUUCUUUUCUGUAAAUAGAGAAGAUGACAUAGAAAUUAUUCUUUUUUUUUUCUACCACACAACCAUUAUACCAUUUUUUGUUGUUGGUUGGUUGGUUCAUAUUUAAUUUGUACAACACACACUUACACACACAAGUAUUGUACAAUUUUGUUGUUAUAUUCAAAUGAAAUAUCACUCACUUCCU